CGCCCGGAGAAAACCGAUAAUUUCAGCUUUAUUCCACCCACGCACUAUACGGUCACACUGCAAAAUUUUCUUCUUUCCAUUGUGCGUGUGCUUGUGUUUUUGUUAUUAGCAAUUGUAGAUUUGCAAUCAAAAUUAUAAAGUGGAAAUGCUGGCUAGUCAUCAGCGGGAAAUGCCUGCGUGCUAGACACAGAGUGAGACUCAGAGACGGGAGUGCAGCGAGCAGACACGCCCAGCCAGGCGCACUGCCCCCAGCCGCAGGAUACACAUACACACACCAAUACAACAAACGAGCACCCUAUAUAGCGUUCGAACUAUCUCCUUUGGCAGAGUAACCGCCUCCAGAUGAUGCUCUCAUCGAUAAACAACUCGUUCGAGCAGGACACUCACGAUGCGGACGCCAACUGCGAUGGCCCCGAUCUGGACUUCAUGUACGCGGAUGUGGACGGCUACCAGAACGAGAUCGCAGAGCUCUACAGCUACACGGAGUUCGUCGAGUUCCAAAUGAACGUGAAAGCCUUUGAGGAUCAGAUGGAGCUGUACGACCUACCGCCCAACUGGCAGAAACAGGACGCCGCGUCCCAGAGGGGCAUCAUUAUGAAGCUGGUGGACCAACUUGAGGUCUCCGAUCGCAGAUUUCGGAUGCAGGCGGCCAGGUGUAUCCUGUAUUUGGCCCAGGGCUGCUGGGCGGAAGUGCAAUCGGACGAGGAGCAGCACCAGAUCACCAGAGACAAUGUGCUGGUGCUCCACCAGCUGGGCGUCUUCGCCUCAUUCAUAGAUCUGCUUAACAUGGAGAUAGAGAGCGCCUGCUCGCCGGACAUAGUAGCGAUUAAGAUCACCAAUGUCACUCUGGUCGACUCCACGGACAUUCGGGUAAUCCUGUCCGUUCUCUACAUCAUCACGGAAACGAUACGCGACGAACGGGAUCGCGGCAGUGAAGACUACAAGGAGCUGGCCGAGUCGUUUGUUCAGGAGAUCAAUGCACCGCUGCCCGAUGGUGAACUGCUAGCCGUCAAGCUGCUGGGGAUGAUUACGCGAUUCUGUAGCGGAGCCGCGCCUCAGUUUCCAAUGAAGAAAGUGGUCCUGCUGCUGUGGAAGGUUUCCCUACUGGGCUUGGGCGGCAUGGAUGUGCUCAAGAAUCUCAAGAACGAGUACCGGCUUAAGGUUGGCCUGGAGCCGAUCACCGAGGACACGCUGGAGGUAACCAAGUGCAUGCGGGCCAGCUCGCCACCAGCCACAGCCACCGAUAUACUGGAGAACCAGUAUCCAAGAAAGAACUUCAAGCGCUCCUUGAUGAAACAGCGAUUCCUUGACGAACCCGAACAAAUCGACAUGGAGAUCACUGGAAACGAGGGCCAGGCGAACGCCAAUAAUGGCGCUGGUAACGGGGGAAAUGGCAGCAAUGGAGAGGAGGAGCUCUCGCAAUACUACCGCCCCUACGACGAUCCCUCUUCAUCUGCCAACUCCACCACUUCAACGGCCAAUCCGAACAACCAACCGAGCUUGACCCAACCACCCGCCGCUGUGCCGCCAGUACAGAUAACAGCUCGACUUCCCUGGACGCCCAAGGUCCGGCAAAAGGAUAUCGACCAGUUUCUGGACAUAUCGCGGAACAAGUUCAUUGGUUAUUCCUUAAUCGGUGAUCACGAAAGCCUGGCUGGAUUGCCGCAGCCCAUACACGAGGGCUUCAAGACCCUUCAGCGGCACAUGUACUUGAGCCUGGCGGAUGUGCAGAUUAAGAAGGAGGAGGACAUCGCCAGAAACCCCAUCUCGACGCACGAGGACGAGAUCAAGCUAACCCCCGCAGAGGUGCUUUACCAGGCCAUUCUGCCAAACCUCCCGCAGUAUAUGAUUGCGCUGCUCAAAGUCCUCCUGGCGGCCUCGCCCACAUCCAAAUCGAAAACGGAGAGUAUCAACAUAAUGGCUGAUGUGCUGCCCAAAAAGAUGCCCCUGACGGCUACGCAAUCCACAAAGCUGACAGUCGACAUGGGCCGGCACAAGGAGAUCAUUGUUAAGGCAGUGUCUGCCAUCAUCCUUCUGUAUCUGAAGCACUUUAAGAUCAACCAUGUCUACCAGUUCGAGUUCAUGUCCCAGCACUUGGUCUUUGCCAAUUGCAUUCCCCUGGUGCUGAAAUUCUUCAACCAGACAAUCACCGAGUAUGUCAACACAAAGAACUCCAUACCGCUGCUCGACUUCCCUUCGUGCGUGAUCGGUGAGCAGCCGGAUCUGAGUGGCGAUAGCUUUGUGUAUGGCGGCGAGAUGUCCGACAAGCCGUACUCCUGGCGGAACGUGUUCUCCUGCAUCAACCUGUUGCGGAUAUUGAACAAGCUGAUCAAGUGGAAGCACUCGCGAGUCAUGAUGCUGGUGGUGUUCAAGUCGGCGCCGAUUCUCAAGAAAACUCUGAAAGUGAGGCAUGCAAUGAUGCAACUGUAUGUUCUGAAACUGCUCAAGAUGCAGACCAAGUACUUGGGUCGGCAGUGGCGGAAGUCCAACAUGAAGACCAUGAGCGCCAUUUACUCCAAGGUUCGUCAUCGUCUCAAUGACGACUGGGCAUUUGGCAACGAUCUGGAGUCGCGUCCUUGGGACUUCCAAGCCGAGGAGUGCACGCUGCGGGCAUGCGUGGAUCGCUUUAAUCUACGACGCUAUCCGGAGGCGACGCAAAAAUGUGGCAAUAAUGGUACGGCGGCCCAAAAUGCCGAAAACGCCCAGCAGUCGAACAUGAUGGCCGGGAAUAAUGGAUGCGGCAAUAAUGGAUCCGAUGCGAACGGCUACGGGAACAAUGGUAGUGGCAAUGGCGGCAACAAUCAGCACCAGCAACAGCAGCAGCUGAACGACUAUGGCGUGGAGGGCGGUUUCCCCAGCGACGAGAUCCUCACCCACUCGGACUUUGCCUUCUUCGGCCACUCGGGGUGGUGGGAUCGCAAGGUCGAGCUGACAGACUACUUCAAGGCCAACUAUGCGGUGUGGCUGGAGGAGGAGGUCUACAACAGUCAGACCGACUGGGAUGCCCUCUAGGCUACUGGC